UAAAAAAAACUCCGUAAACAACUGCUACUAGUAUACAUUUGUCAAAUAUUACGAGCUCUUUCAAUUCUUUGACUUAAGGAAAGAAGUACAAGUCAUUCAGUACUGAAUCUUCAAUUUCAUCCAUAGCAAAAAACCAUGGAAAUAAUAGAAGAAAAAAGAAUAGAAGAAGUAUUAUCAUUUCCAAUUCUCUUAUCCGACCGUAUUCGACAAGCAUCCGAUGAAUCCCACUUCUUUAAAACCGACUGUUCCGAGGUUGCUAAACAAGCCGACCGGUUAUGUCAAAUGCUCCGUUCUAUCGCCCGGUUCAACACCACCUCAACCGGUUCACUUUACGAACGUCCUGUUCGUCGUAUCAUUGCUGACGUGUCCAAGAAUCUUGACCGGGGUUUAACCCUAGUUAAGAAAUGUAAACGAAGGGGCAUACUACGUCGUGUUGUUCGAAUGGUAACAAAAGAUGAUUUUCGUAAGGUAAAUAAUCUUCUAGAAUCUUCUAUAGCUGAUAUGACGUGGCUACUUAGUAUAUUUGACUCUGAUAAUGGUGGUAUUGUUCUUUCACUUCCACCAAUUGCUAGUAAUGAUCCAAUAAUUUCAUGGGUAUGGUCUUUUAUUGCUUCAUUAUAUUUGGGUAAUGAUAAAAUUGAGGCUGCUAAUGAAUUAGCUUCACUUGCUAAAGAUAAUGAUAGAAAUAAGAAGAUUAUCGUUGAAGAAGGUGGGGUUUUCCCUUUGUUGAAGCUGUUGAAGGACAAAAAUUCGGAUGCUCAAAUUGCUGCUCUUGUAGCGCUUUGUUAUUUGGCUAAUGACGAAGAAAGGGUUAGGGAAAUUGUGAGGGAAAUGGGGGUACCGGUGAUUGGUCAGCUGUUGGGGGAUUCGUCGACAAGAAUUCAAAUUAAGUGUGCUGAUUUGGUGGGAGGGAUGGCGGAGUAUAGUUUGUUAGCUCAAGAGGAGUUCGCUAGGGAGAAUGUGAUUAGGCCGCUUGUGACGUUGUUAUCGUAUGAUAUUUCAAUAGAUGAACCGAAAUUGGGAAAUGGGAAGCAAAGCAUACAUUCCAUUGUUCAGAUUAAUAAGGAGUUGGAAAGGAAUUCGUUGUCAGGGUUGUAUAGCUAUAAACGUGUACCUGGAUCGCCAUUGUCAUCGCAUUAUUCUGAUGGGAGUACCAAAAGUGUGAGUAAUUACAGGAAGGAGAAAGAGAAUGAGAAGCCGGAAAUGAAGUAUCAAUUGAAGGUUAGCUGUGCUAAGGCUCUUUGGAUGCUUUCCAGAGGAAGUGUUGUGAUUAGUAAGAGGAUAACGGAGACCAAAGGUUUGCUUUGUUUGGCUAAGCUUAUCGAGAGGGAAUGGGGAGAGUUACAGCUUAAUUGCUUGAUGACGAUAAUGGAAAUAACUGCUGCUGCUGAAUCAAAUGCUGAUCUUAGAAGGGCUGCUUUCAAGACGAAUUCUCCUGCCGCGAAGGCUGUUGUGGAUCAGUUAUUGAGGGUGAUUAAAGAAUCUGAUAAACCGACAUUACAGAUUCCGGCUGUUAGAUCAGUUGGUUCACUGGCUAGGACAUUUCCAGCGAGAGAAACUCGUGUAAUUUGUCCUUUAGUCGAGCAACUUAGUAAUAGGAACGUGGAUGUGGCAGCAGAAGCUGCUGCCGCUCUGGAAAAAUUUACUUGUCCUGAAAAUUUCUUGUGUACAGAGCACUCAAAAACGAUUAUUGAAUACAGAGGUGUACCCCCUCUGAUGAGACUGUUGAGAGGAAAUGAACGAUCGAAAUUGCAUGGGUUGAUGCUCCUCUGCUACCUAGCAUCACAUGCUGGUAAUAGUGAGGCUUUGGAACAAGCACGAGUAUUCACUGCUCUCGAGGGAGUAGAUCGCUCAUUAUUUGCUGUACAUCCUGAGUUGAAGGAGUUGGUGCCAGAGGCAAUGUAUCACCUAAAUGUUUAUCACUCUGGUGUACUUACUGAGAGGCAAUAUAAUGGUCAUUGAUCAGCAAGUUGGAAAGAUUAUUAUAGAGCUGUACAUACAUUUGACGGGAGGGAAAAUGUAAUAUUUCAAUAUGACUUACCAAAUAAUACUUCUGUCAUUAUACCUACACGGAGUUCUUGCCCUCGAGCUCCUCAUUGUUUGCUGUGAAGGUGGUGCUAUAUAGAAAUGAAAUUACCAAAUUCUUGCUCGUGCUUGUUGCUAAUCCCAUUCUUAUUGCAGAACAGUGUUUUUUUUUUCCGUUACCAACCAAGUGAAGCUGAUGACGUUGGAGAGGGCUGCACUUUUCCGGAGUCUUUUCCAAGGACAAGCGGAGUUUAAAGCACUCCGGAAAGAAAUAAAUAACCUUUUCUGACAGUAAAUCUAUCAUCAGGAGCUCCCUUCCAUGACAACGUAUCAGACAUGAAAGUAGAUGAAUUGUGUAUCCGUUAGUUGCUGUGACUGUGAGCAAAAAUCUUGGACCUCCUAGUCAUUAAAAGGCCUUGUGAAAACGAUGUUUCACCCUGUUCUGUCCAAUUUUCUGAGAUCGUAGCAAGUGGAUAGGUGGCAACCCUGAACAGGUGAGAAUAGCAUUCCUUCAGAAAGGAAGUGCCAAGCAUAUCUUCCCAAAACUUAGCUUUUUUCCCAUUUUCCCGUCACCCUUACACCUUCCAUACGAUAAUUUACAAAGGUUAUUUUUUGUUGAACAAGUACUGUACAUUAGUUCACUUUUAGUUUUUGCCUUUGUUAGUUCCAUUGUUUAUACCCCUUUUGAUGUUCCUGUGUCACUGGACAGGUUUUGUUCACAUCCCAAACAGAUAGAGAAUGCCUUAUGUCCGGUAAAUUUAGCGUUUGCUUAGUUCCUGUACUGGGAAAGUGAAUCCUCUAGUAUAAUGUUCAUAUUUACUUUUCAUUCCCUUCAUUUUUCAAUGCACUUUGGGCUUUUUUGUGUUUAAGGUAGAGGUGGCAAAUGGACGGAUCAUCAUGGGUUGAGUUAAUAAAUGAGAAGUUACUUGGGCUGAGGUAAUAAAUGGGUUAAAGGUUUCCUUUUCAAGGAUCUGCUAAAGAGAAAAAGCUAGUUACAUCCAGAAUUUUCGGAGAGAAUAAAGGCUUUAAGAAUCAAGUGGUUAGUUUGUAACCCCUUAAAAGGCUCUGGUUUUUAGGAACAUGUACAUCAUGUUUUUCAAAUUCCACAACAAACAAUAAUAUCUGAUUGGCUUGCCAUGAAGAAUAAAAAACGUUUGAACAACAUGCAACGUCUGCCAAAGAAAGGGAGCCGGCUGCUCUACAUUUCUUUUCUUUUCAUUUUCUCCAAGUUCUAGUUUAGAUUAGAAACACAUGACAUAGGUUAAAAUUAAUUACUAAAAUUUAAUUAACUAAAUCAAGGUCCUAACCAUGAUUAGAAUAAUAAAUUAUUUCUUUAUUUACUUUGAAAAUUUUGAUAACCCCACAGUUCUAGCUAAAACAUUAUCUCUUCCAUCAAUAUAAAUUAUCUUCCCAUUCAAAUAUGGAAAUUUAAAUUAACCCUGUUCGCAAAAGAAAUUUAUCAACAUACGAGCUCUUCUCUUCCCAUUCAGACAUGAGGUAUUAUUGUACCAAAUAAAAAAGGAGAUAUAUUAUACGUAAAUUUAGUGGGCCAAUUAAAUUAAUGAAUGUCCCUUAAAAAAUUAAACCAGUGUAGGAUAUAAGAAAAUUUAGAAGAAUAAAACAUAAUAUUUAUAAAAUUAAAAGUUAAAAAAUUAAAUUCCAAUAUUCUUAUUAAAUAACUACGAACGUACACUGAAGAUUAACAACAAAAUAUAAAAGUUAUGUGCUUUAAGCAUUUAAUCAACAAAACAGAUGAUGUUCUUAAGUAGGAAAGAAUGAGAAAAGAUUUUUAAUAUAUUGAUGGAAGAGAUAAUGUUUUAGCUAAAAUUGUGGGAUUGUCAAAAUUUUGAAAGUAAAUAAAGAAAAUAUUUAUUAUUCUAAUCAUGGUUAGAACCUUGCUUUGAGGAGCCGGAUCCCACAAAAAGGAUUAGAAACGUAAACACCAGUUAUACAUAAGUCAUUAGCUAAGGUAACUCUUUUGGCUAUUUGUAUGACUAUAAAUAAAUUUCAUUAAUGAUAAAAUAUCAAAUUUAAAGUUAAAUUGAUUAAAAAAAAAAAGAUAUUCUAUUUAGGAGAAACUAAAGGGCAAAGUAUGUUACAUAAAUUGCAAAGCGAGUACAUUCACGCACCUAUUCACCUUUUGCUGCCCAAAAUUACCACCCCGCCUGUGCAACAAAAGAAAAAAGAAACCAUUCAGAAACAAUUUUCCCAUGAAACCACAUUCCAGUCCAUUGUAUAGAGAGACAAAAAGUAACAUGAUUUUAAUAACCACAGUAGCAGGUUUGAACCUUCCAAGGUCGGGGAUCCAAGUUAACAACCAUUUCUGGGAACUCUUCUUUUUCUUUCUGCAUAGGUGUUCUGCAAAAUCUUCCAGCUUGAGUGGGAUCAACAAUCACAUCUAUUUCUUCUAUUUAUUAAUUGUUGAUGCUUACUGUUAGAGAUAUGUCAAGUGAUCUCCAGCUUGUUGACUCCAAGGAUACGCAGCAUGAGGACUCCAAAGAUUAGCCGACUUCGGAUAGCGUAUGUAGUAUUUGUUUAGGAUUGUGUGCUGAUGAGUUGUAGAAUAAGAAGUUGUAUUAUACUAGCCUAUGUAAAGAUAGGAAUAGCAUGAGCAGCAGGACUCCACCAUAUACUGGAAGCACAAAUAGGCUUCCCCAGUGUAAUGUUAUUAACAUAACAAUAAGUUGAUUUCU